AUGGCACCUUCAAAUGCAAAAAAAUUCUUUGCCGAAGUGGCCAUGAUUGCCAUUUCACAAGUACUUUUAUACUACACAGUCAAAUAUGUUGUUAAAUCACUUGAUCCUUUAAAAGACAAGAAAAAAGAAUCAAAGGCAAAAAGUGAUAAAGUUUUAAGUAAACUAGGAUUAAAAGAUCUGAAACUCAGUGAAUAUGAAGAAAUAAUUCUUUCAGAGGUAAUAUUUCCUGAAGACAUUUCAGUUAAUUUCAAAAAAAUUGGAGGUCUUGAUCCAAUUAUUCAAAACCUUCGUGAAUCAGUAAUAUUUCCAUUAACUUAUCCAGAAUUAUUCUCUUCCUCAUCGGGAUUAUUAGGAGCACCUAAAGGUGUAUUACUUUAUGGUCCUCCAGGAUGUGGAAAAACAAUGUUGGCAAAAGCACUUGCAAGUGAAUCUAAAGCUACAUUUAUCAAUCUUCAUGUUUCAACAUUAACUGAUAAAUGGUUUGGUGAAUCAAAUAAACUUGUUUCAGCUGUUUUUUCAGUUGCCAAAAAAUUACAACCAUGUAUUGUUUUUAUUGAUGAGAUAGAUGCAUUUCUAAGGGAAAGGCGAAGUAAUGAUCAUGAAGUUACUGAUGAAAAUAUCCGUAUAAUUAUACUUGGUGCCACAAAUAGGCCUAAUGAUAUUGAUAAUGCAAUUCUUCGUCGUAUGCCAAAAAGAUUUUCUGUUCAAUUGCCAAAUGAAGAACAAAGGAGAAAUAUUUUAGAAAUCAUGUUACAUGAUCAAAAACUUGAAGAAAAUUUUGAUUUUGAUCAGCUAGUAGCAAAAACUGCAGGCUUUUCAGGGAGUGAUUUGAAAGAAUUAUGUAGAAAUGCAGCUAUGUUCCCUGUUAGAGAAUAUAUGAGAAAUCAUUCAUCACCAGAUGGUGAUUUAGAUGAUGUUGAUCCAAAAAACAUAGAUAUUCGACCCUUAAGUAUAUCAGAUUUUUUUAUAGGUGAGACAGAUAGUGGCAAUCAAUUAAAAAAUAGUUCAACACUCAGUGAUUUUAUUUAUUUAUUAAACCCAUCAUCAUCUGCAAACUUAGAACCAGAACAACUGGAUUAA